GGAGCUGAGGAGCAGGAAAAUCCACUCUCCUUGGCACAGUAGCGCGGACAAGAAUACGGUCAACAUCUAUGUAUCCGGCGUGGAAGUCGUACAACCGAGAUGAUCGUAGACGCAGCCGACAGUUCUGACUCUCCAAGCAUCGUCCCCGUUUCCCUCUGCAAUCAGUGCUGAGAACGACUCGACACUUCAAAAAACGAGGCUCAAAUGGCAAACUGGGAGGAUCACCGAGAUAAGGACACGCUCAGAGCAGUGACGAGCUAGCUCAGCUGCAUCAGCCCAAUCGGUCUCACCGAUCGAUCCUCCAGCCAACUCUCGCGCAGCCAGUGCAUGCGCUGCAGACAUAGAUGGAGGUCGAGAUCCCGACCGAGCACCGCGCGCCCAAGGUUGAGGCUAGAGCGUGGCGAUGGCACGAUCUCCCGGCCGCCGCCGCCAAGCCGCUCCGGGACCCCCUCCUCGCCGUCAACUUCCUGCUGCUGGCCGUCGGCGCGGCCAGCGGCCCGCUCCUCCUCCGCCUCUACUUCCUGCGCGGCGGCUCCCGCAAGUGGCUAUCCAGCCUGCUCCAGACCGCCGGCUGGCCGCUCCUCCUCGUGCCGCUCGGCUUCUCCUUCUCCUCCCGCCGCCGCCGCAGGAGCCGCCGCCAGGGCGACGACGCCACGGCUAGCACCGGCGUCUUCCUCAUGACGCCCCGCCUCCUGGCCGCGUCCGCCGUCGUGGGCCUCAUGACCGGCGCCGACAACUUCCUCUACGCCUACGGCCAGGCCUACCUCCCGGUGUCCACCUCCUCCAUCCUCAUCUCCACGCAGCUGGCCUUCACGGCCGCCUUCGCGCUGCUGCUCGUGCGCCAGCGCUUCACGGGCUCCACGGUCAACGCCAUCGUGCUGCUCAGCGUCGGCGCCGCCAUGCUGGGGAUGGGCUCCGGCGGGGACCGCCCGGCGGGGGUGUCGGGCGCGCAGUACGCCGCCGGGUUCGGCAUGGCGCUGGCGGCCGCGGCGCUCUACGGCCUCGUGCUGCCCGUCAUGGAGCUCAGCCAGGCGUGGCACGCGGCGCGCGCCGGCGCCGCCGCCCUCACCUACACGCUCGUCGUUGAGAUUCAGGUCGUCAUCGGGCUCACCGCCACGGCGUUCUGCGCCGUCGGCAUGCUGGCGAACAACGACUUUCAGCCGGCGCCGCGCCGGCCGCGCCCAACCCCGUCGGCCGUGCCCCAUCACCACGCCGGCCGCGCCCAGCCUCGCCGACUACGCCCCGUCGCCUCCGCCGUCCGCGCCUUGCUCUAUUGCCAGUCGGGCCGACUGAGCCGUGCCCCUUUGCCUGCCGCGUCGGGAGGAUUCCGGCGGCCAAACUAAGGUCAUGGGAGGCCACGGCGAUGUCGGAGCUCGUCCAAUUCGAACUGACAGUGGUCGAUUGCGGCAUCUAGCGGCCUUUUCCAAUGUGCGGUGAUGAAUUCCGGCAGGUUUAUGGCGGAUUCCGACAAACUCAGCGACAACGUGGUUGCUUCGACGAGGUUUGACCGGUAUACAGGGCCCUCUAGGUUCGGCCUUCCAACCUCCAACUAUAAAAGUUUCGGGUGUGCAUUUUCGGUGGCCCUUAAUAAUUUUACAGGUUGGACCAAAUUUACGGUUUCUGUUCUGGACAUUUUUUUCAACCGAAACUGUGAAAUGCAAAAAUUAUAAGGGUUUGACCACUUAUACGGGGUCUGCUAGAGAUGCUUUUAUAGACCUAUUUUCCGAGGAUGGCACAACAUAUAAAAAAUAAAAUAAAAAAUAAAAAAUUUGCAUGGAUCUUCACGUAAGAUUGUAUGAACAAGUCUCAGUCGACUUCAUUGCAUCCUUUGACCACAAAAUUUUCAACUUCUCAAAGCUUCCACGACUAUUACUGUUCGUAAAAAGUAACGGCGAGAAGGCAGUUGUGGGUUACUCCAUUUAGCUGGGACAUCACAAAGAUGACGAGAUUGAAAGUGAUUGAGGGCUUAUCUCGAUAACUAGUGGGUCAAUGUGAUCGACAUCUCCACGUCUUUUCGGUUAAUCAUACCACUCCCCGGUGAUACUUGUUGCUGUGGGUGCGAGUAGGCUGUGGGUUGAAUUGAUGGAUGGGCACGACAAGUGAAAUUAAAGUUCGUCCUACCUUGCUCAGUUCUCUGGCAACACCGUUGUCAUCCCCGGUGAUAUGCCGUUAAAAGGCAACCUCUUCUCUUCAAAGUUUCUUUUUAAUUUUAAAAGAACAGUUUUGUCGCCCGUUCGUUCUUCUUUCAGUUCUACUCCCUUCAUUCCAAACUACUCGUUGCAGAAAUGAAUAUAUUUGAAACUAAAAUACAUAUAGAUACAUCCAUACAUGCGAUAAAUAAUUCGAAACGGAGAAAGUACAUACAUUCCUUCCUCUCUAGUGGGGUGUUUUGCGCCACUGUUUCACCUAAAAAAUGUCUUGCUAGGGAGGAUGAUAUCAAUACAUGUUUUUGAGCCUAGUGCUCGAAUGAUGCAAAACCAAUGUCUAACGAACUCCUUUUUGUUUGAAUACUUUUGAUUUUCGUAUAAACAGAAUAGAAUCUUAGUACUAGUAUUGACCCAAAAUUAUUAGCAUAAAAUCGAGAGUUUAAUUUUGUAGAGAUAUGACACUCAAAGAUCAAAAACAAGCAAAGGACACAAGAUUUUAACGUGAAAAACUCCUCCAACACGAAGGGAAACGCCAGCAAGCCAAACUUCACUAUAUCAGAAGAGGUUACAAACGCGGGGGAUUUUUCCCCGCACCUUGCUCGUCAGAAAUUAGCAUUUCUCUUUAUACUUGAAUUUGGAGCAUAACAUAACAAACUCCACCUUAAGACAAAUUCCAUCUUGUAGCAAGAAUGAGAACCUCCUCCCUGAACAACAAAGAAAACACCUUCGGCGUCAAACAACCACUAGGGCUAAUGAGUUAUACCAACUAAGUCUGAGCAAAGCUCAAACUUAGCAUCAGGAACUGGCUUUAUCAAUAUAUCAGCAGGAUUAUCAUGUGUGCUAAUCUUGCAUAACUUCAGUUUAUCUUGCUCAACAAUGUCUCAGACAUAAUGAUAUUUGACAUCAAUAUGCUUCGUUCUCUCAUGGAACAUCUGAUCCUUUGUGGGGCAUAUGGCACUCUGACUAUCAUAAAACAAGUUAAUGCAAGAAUUAUCUUCACAAAGCUUAGAAUACAAACCUUUCAACCAAACUGAUUAUUUACAUGCUUUCUGCAAUAGUCAUGUAUUCUGCUUCAUUGGUAGACUAGGCAACUACUGGUUGCAACUUUGCGCUCCAACUCACGGCACAAUCAGAAACUGUGAACAUGUGUCCAAAUCGCUGGAAGCAAAAUUUAAAUCCACAUAGCCAGCUAGUCCCUCAUCAGUUUUGCCAAAUUUUAAACAAGCAUUGAAAGUACCUGAAAAUCCACUGAACAGGCUUUGGCCCACGCCUACUGGCGACGGGCCUCGCUCCGCUCGCUCGUCAAAAGUUAGCAUUUCUCUUUAUACUUGAAUUUAGAGCAUAGCAUAACAAAUU